AUGGAAGCCCCUAGUACUACUCGUGUUCGCUUGGCGAUCCCAUCAGCUAAAUAUUGGGAUCAUUAUCGUGAGACGAUCACUGAGUUAUACAUCAAGCGGAACAUGUCGUUACCUAGACUCAUGCCACAUAUGCGCCAUGAGUAUGGCUUCCGAGCUACUGAAAAGAUGUAUAAGCUACGCUUUACAGAAUGGAACCUCAAGAAGAACAUGACAAAAAGCCGCAGUGUGGCAUGUGUGCACAUCACUGGCAGUAGUCAUAUGGAUACCAAUAAGCUCAAAGAGUACCAUCGUAGACAGCCAGAGGAGAAUGUCGAGAGCUUCUAG